AUGCCCUCUUACUCUCUGAAUUCACCCUCGCUGAAAAAGUACGACAUGGGCAUUAUGGAUUCUCGGAGGAGCCAAUUCUCGGGCGGCAAUAUCAUUGGCGACCCUUUCGCUCUCAUCACUGUUUCUUUGUCUCUCGUGACAUGGCUGCUCGCUUUCAUCCCCUCAAUUAUCGCCGAUGUGGGUAACCCGUACCCAAAAUAUGCUUGGUGGACAAUCGCCUACAUGCUGUGCUGCAUCAUUGGCAUAACACUAUGCUUCGCCACCAACUCUGUCAACCACUACAACCUGGCGAUUGUGGGUUAUUUGGCAGCAGGCCUUGUCAUGACCACCUCCGCAGUCAACUCGCUCAUUUACCAAGACCAAGGCUCAAUGCAAGCUGCCGCCGCUGGCUUUGUCUUGCUUUCCAUCGUUGUCAUCGUUUGGAUCUUCUACUUCGGCUCUAGCCAAAACUCGACCUCCCGCGAAUAUGUCGAUCAAUUUGCUAUGAACAAGGAGAGGUCAUCUAUGUACCGCGGCCCCGUCAACAACUACAACGCUCCCGAGACCACCCUCGCUCAGCCCCCGCAAAUGUAUACCUCCGCUCAGCUCAACGGCUUCGAGACUUCAUCUCCCGUAUCAGGCUACCCUGGUGGCCCAAUGGGCACUUCUGCCAGGGGCUCUGCCAUGCCUCCGACGGCCACUGCCCCGACCACUGCCGCCGCAACAACGAACGAAGGCAACCAAACCAUCGAAUACCCAUAUCGCGCCAAGGCCAUCUAUAGCUACGAAGCCAACCCUGACGAUGCAAACGAGAUAAGCUUCUCCAAGCACGAGAUUCUUGAAGUGUCGGAUGUCAGCGGCAGAUGGUGGCAAGCGAAGAAGGAGAACGGCGACACAGGUAUUGCGCCUAGCAACUACCUGAUCCUUUUAUGA